UGCAGAGAGGUCCCAGCGCCACCAGCAUGACGGAGCAGGCGGCCUUCGACACGGACAUCGUCACCCUGACCCGCUUCGUCCUGGAGGAGGGCAGGAAGGCGCAAGGCACGGGAGAGCUGACCCAGCUGCUCAACUCACUGUGCUCAGCCAUCAAGGCCAUUUCCACCGCCGUGCGCAAGGCGGGCAUCGCCAACCUUUAUGGAAUUGCUGGGUCUACCAAUGUGACAGGUGAUCAAGUGAAGAAACUGGAUGUUCUCUCUAACGACCUGGUUAUUAACAUGUUAAAGUCAUCCUUUGCCACCUGUGUUCUUGUGUCAGAAGAAGAUAAAGAAGCCAUAAUAAUAGAACCCGAGAAAAGAGGUAAAUAUGUGGUCUGCUUUGAUCCCCUGGAUGGAUCCUCCAAUAUUGAUUGCCUUGUAUCUAUUGGAACCAUUUUUGGCAUCUACAGAAAGAACUCAACUGGUGAACCUUCCGAGAAAGAUGCUCUACAGCCAGGUCGGAAUCUGGUGGCAGCUGGAUAUGCACUCUAUGGCAGUGCCACCAUGCUGGUGCUGGCCAUGGCAAAUGGUGUCAAUUGCUUCAUGCUGGACCCAGCCAUUGGAGAAUUCAUACUGGUGGACAAGAACGUGAAGAUAAAAAAGAAAGGAAACAUUUAUAGCCUCAAUGAAGGUUAUGCCAAGGACUUCGAUCCUGCUCUCUCUGAGUAUCUCCAGAGAAAGAAGUUCCCUCCAGAUAACUCGGCCCCCUAUGGUGCCAGGUAUGUGGGCUCCAUGGUGGCUGAUGUUCAUCGCACUCUGGUGUAUGGAGGGAUAUUUAUGUACCCAGCAAAUAAGAAGAGUCCCAAAGGAAAGUUGAGACUAUUAUACGAGUGUAACCCGAUGGCCUAUGUUAUGGAGAAGGCAGGCGGAUUGGCUACUACGGGAUCUACAGCCAUACUGGACAUAGUUCCCACUAAUAUCCACGAGAGGGCGCCCAUUGUCUUGGGGUCUCCGGAAGACGUGAAAGAAUUCUUGGAGAUCUUUAAGAAGCAUGCUGCCAAAUGAUGAAAGAAUUGCUUUUCUCCGGACCUUUCAUUUUAUGUGGCACACAUUUAUUACUCUCUACUGCACACAUCACAUAUCCCUAAGACAGCAAUAAAAAACACAGAUAUUUUCACCA